CUGGCAUGGGUGUCAUUUCUCUGUGAAAGAGAGAGAGAGGGAGAGGGAGAUUAAAGGAAUUCAUACAGCUCCACAUCAAGCACAUGGGAGGCAGCUCUGAACGUCGCAAGGAAUUUGAACAUGCGAGCUGAAAACUGAACGAAACAGGGACGAUGCUAACCGUACCAUUUGAAGACCCAGACAUGAUGCGCGAGUCUCAGUUUGGUGCGACAUUCACGCGUCAAGAGGACGCGCGGACACUCAAUAAUAGCGCCGAGCUCAAGGAGGCAGAGGACGGCAACACGGACAGGGAAGAGGAGGAGGAGGAGGAGAGAGAGGACGAGGAGAACGACCACCCGAAGAAGAAAGGCGCGCGUAAAAAGAAAUUCUCCGAAGGACGCGGCGAACGCGUCAAAGUGCGCCGCCAAGAAGCGAACGCGCGCGAGCGCAGCCGCAUGCACGGCCUCAACGACGCGCUCGAGAGCCUGCGCAAAGUCGUGCCGUGCUACUCCAAAACGCAAAAACUCUCCAAGAUCGAGACUUUGAGGCUGGCCAAGAAUUACAUAUGGGCUCUGUCUGAGACUCUGAGCGCGGGGAAGAGGCCCGACCUGCUCGCGUUCGUGCAGACCCUGUGCAAGGGCUUGUCGCAGCCCACCACCAACUUGGUCGCGGGUUGCUUGCAGCUGAACUCCAGAAAUUUCCUCACAGAUCACAACGGGGACGUGUCGUUCUCGGGCAGGCCUCAGUAUGAUUCUCUGUACCCGUACCCGAACGCCGCUGAGAUGGCCACGCCCACCGGCCUCAGCUCUGGGACCCGGGACAGCGUCAAACCGUUCCGGCCCUACAACUAUUACGCGUCCUACGAGUCCUAUUACGACAGCGCCUCUCCGGAGAGCAGCAGCCCUCGCUUCGAAGGCCAAAUGAGUCCUCCGAUUAAUUACAACGGGAUUUUCUCGCUUAAAAAACACGAGGACCAAGUCGAGUACAGUAAGAACUGCCAUUACGGGAUGAGAUACUGUAACGUUCCCGGCCGGGGCUCCAUGUACCGCGUUUCCCCAGACAGCCAUUUUCCUUAUGACUUACAUCCCCGCAGCCAAUCGUUCCAGAGCCAGGACGAAUUAAAUACUGGUUUCCAUAAUUAAAAGCGAGCAUAGGGGUUGGACGCCAGCUACACUAAUCUGUUAAUUAAUUAGGGCGUGUUGCUGAUUGUUUUGCUUUGUUUUAUUGGCACGUUUGGUUUCAUCAUAAAAUACUGUAAAAUCAAUUCUAUUUAUUUCAAACUGCAUAUAGCUACUGCUCAUGCAUCGACGCAGGCUGUGGUAGGCCUAUUACAAUCAAUUAAUCGAAAAAAGAAAACGAACAUUCUUGUCUCGUAUACUGUGGAAAUGGAUUUAUUUGCGUGUUACAUGAAACACAGAAUCAUGAUAGCAAUAAUGGAACUAUGCAACACAGUAUAUUAUCGUGCAGACAUGUAAAUAGCCUUAUUGUGUGAAUUUUAUUACUUAUAGACAUCUGUGUCUUUGGACUAUAUACUCACUCACCCUUUUGAAUCAUUUCGCUUAAUGUAAACAAGAAAACUAUUGUGAUUUUGCAACGUGGAAAUGUUUCUUUUCCUGUUUAUUUUGUUGACAGAGGAGCAUCUCGGGUCUUGUGAAUGAUGUGAACUUGAGGGGCUCGUGCACUUCGUUCGGCUUGUGGAAAUAAAUCUUAAAUGUGA